AUGACCGACUCCAUUCCCACAUCCUCCACCGCAAGCACUACUACCCAUCAUACUAUAUCCACAAAUGACAAUCAUUCUCACGCAGAAUUGUCAGCUCCAAAGCAGGGCAAAGCGGAGAGGGGACGCGGCAGAGGCAGAGGUAGGGGAAGGGGAGGCCGCGCGCCACAUACCUCAAGUCCGGAGCAUGAAUACAACAGCAACAACGAGAGCGGGGGAGGACUCUCGACCUCGGUGAGAGAUACAGCGGAAGGGCCAGCACACAACUCCCAAGCUUCGGGCUCAAUACCCACAGGGCCCUCACGAGGCGGUCGGGGACCAGGCAGAGGGGCCAAUGGAAGAGGGAGGGGUAGGGGCGGUAGGGGAAGUGGCAAAGCGUCAUCGAACGAACAGCAGACUGCGGAUCGGGCAGGUAGCAAAGCUGCACCUCGUAACAGUAGAAGGCAGCAAUUUGGUGGCAAGCUGUCCACUCAAGGUGACAACGAAAAGACUUCAAGUAGCAACGGUGGGGCUGCUGCUCCCGUCCCGACUAUGCCAGCUCCCAUAGACUAUUCUGAUCUUCGCUCCCGUCUGGUGGCAGAGCUCACUGCUGGUACCUACGAUUGCUCGAUUUGUUACUCGGGCAUCUCCUACAAGGCCCCCGUCUGGUCAUGCUCUCAGUGUCAUACCGUCUUACACCUCUCGUGCGUCAAGCAGUGGGCAUCUUCCAGUGUAAGAGCAGCAGAGGAGCAGAACGCUAUGCAAGAAGACGCCAGAAUCCGAGAACGAAAGGGGACGUGGAGGUGUCCCGGUUGUCAAUUCGCCAGGGAGGAGGUUCCUACCGUGUACCUCUGCUGGGAUGGACAGACGCAGGACCCCAAGCCCGGCAAGAAAGGACUUGUCCCACCGCACUCGUGCGGGAAGAGCUGUACCAAGGGCAAAUGUCCUCAUGGCUGCUCAGCAGGACAAUGUCAUCCCGGACCCUGCCCGCCCUGCCCUGUCACUCUCCAUCAUCGCUGCUUUUGCGGGGGUCAGGACAUCGCUGUGCGUUGUUCUCAAUUGUCAAAGUCUCAGACGAAGAGGACCUCCACCGCCUCGAGUAUCGGAGCUGAUGGUGGCAUCUCUUGUGGCCAGACUUGCAAGAAAGAGCUCUCAUGCGGACGGCACAAGUGUAAUCUACGUUGCCACCCCGGCAAUUGCGACGCCUGCGACGAGACUGUCACUGCGAAGUGUUACUGUGGCAAGAGCGAGAAAAAGAUGAAGUGUGGCUCGGGAUUCAGGAAAGUCUGCAUGGACGGACAAGACGUGUGGGAAGGGUCUUGGCAGUGCGAAGACCUCUGCGAGCGAGCAUUCGACUGUGGCCACCACACCUGCCAGAAGGCCUGCCACCCGCCAUCUUCGUCACCGCCUCCCUGCCCGUACUCGCCUGCGCUCAUCUCUACGUGUCCAUGUGGCGCGGAAUCUCGAACGGACAGGAAGUCAUGCCAAGACCCCAUUCGGACCUGUCGCAAUACCUGCGGUAAAGCCUAUUCACUCUGUGAUCACAAAUGUCGAUCAACGUGUCAUACGGGGCCAUGCCCUCCUUGCAGGGUACCUGUCAGCGCUCCCUGUCGGUGCGGCGAGUCUCGCCCGACUUUGCCUUGCAAUGAGCGAACAGACGAAACAGCGCAGCAGGAUGUAGUCCUUUGUGACGUCGUCUGCCGAGCUUUGCGGCAUUGCGGACGCCACGAGUGUAAGACUCAAUGCUGCCCUCUGGCAUUCCAGGCCAAGCAGUCUCGCAAGCAAGGCUCGCGAGCUCGAGCGCCGACACAAGCUGAGCUGGAUGAGCAAGACCCUGCAAGGCUUCAUGCUUGCACAAUGCCCUGCAACAAGCCUCUCUCGUGCGGCAAGGAAGGCCAUCAAUGCCCUUUGAAUUGUCACAGAGGGCCUUGCCCACCUUGCCUCCAAGCCUGCUUUGAGGAGGUCAUUUGCCACUGUGGUAGGACCGUCCUCGAGCCACCUGUACCGUGUGGUCAAAGACCCGUCUGUCGCUUCCCAUGCGCCAGACCUCCGCCUCCUUGCGGUCACCCAAAGCUUCCCCACGACUGCCAUGAAGAUGGGCCUUGCCCGCCUUGUGUCUAUCUCACCUCCAAGGCGUGUGAUUGUGGCAAAAACAUAGUGCAGAACAUACCCUGCCACCGCACUCGGGUCUCUUGUGGUUCGGUAUGCGGAGCGCUCAAGCCUUGUGGCUUCCAUCGCUGUACCGCCACCUGUCAUCUCGGCGCUCCCGAGGCCUGUGGAGAGUGCACUGCCACCUGCGGAAAGCCCAAGAGGAGGUGUGGACACCCUUGCAAGGACAGAUGCCACGCUCCUGCUUCUUGCGACGAGAGCAAGCCCUGCGAAGAAGUCAUUACCGUCUCCUGCCCCUGCGGACAUCUCAAGCAGAAGACUCGAUGUGGUGCCAGCACUGGUACAGGAGAUGCCGCGGAUCGUCAGCUCAAAUGCAACGAGGCAUGUACAGUGGCGCAGCGGAAUGCCAAGCUGGCUGAGGCAUUGGGUCUCGAUGUAGGGGAGAAGACCGCUCCUCCCGCUUACGAUGCUGAGCUCCUCGCAUUCUACGGGCAGGAUCGUCGCUUUGCCGCGGAGAUGGAGCAUACAUUAGCCGAGUUCAUCCGCUCUCCUCGGCACUCUGUUAUCUUGCCCUCUGCCUCACGGACUCAACGCAUGUUCACUCAUGAAUUGGCAGCUGCGUAUGGUCUCGCGACGGAGAGUCUCGAUCUGGAGCCAAAGAGGAGUGUGCAGAUUAGGAGGACACAAGAAGCCAAGGUGCCCCGCAUGCCUCCCAGUGAAGUCUGGGACAAGGCAAAGCGGGAUGUAGAAUCAGGUCUGGGUAGCAGCUCGACUUCGUCCGGGGGCAACGGUCUUCGACUGACUUCGAUGAGGAGCGGGAAUGCGACGCCCCCCUCGGCUUUCAACGCUCUUCUCUUAGACGGCGUGUUCGGCGUGGACGAGGACGCUUUGAGAAGCCUGUUGACCUCAGCGCCCUCGCCCGCGCCUCUUGGGUCAGCUCCUCUGCGUCUCAUCCCCUUCAGCAUCAAGUGGGUGGGAGAGGAAACGGUCCUUCUCACGCCAAAGGACGCGAAUGUGCCUCCCGCUAGGCUCCUGGCAACCAGACCGGACGUGACGCGAGUGCUGAAGAUGAACCAAGCGGUGCAGAGCGUUGUACCAUGCUGCUAUGAUGCCGGAAGCAAUCGAGUUGUACGUAGAGAGGAUCGACCUGGUGGGUCAGUCCUCUCAUCUGCGUCGGCCGCUGCAGGUGGAAGUGCUAACAAGCUGUCGGGGUGGGCGGCAGUAGCCAGCUCCUUGCCUGCCACUCCGAGCACUUCCUCUACGCAUCUUCCUGCGAGGACAAAUCCAUGGGGCUCAACUCCCAUCAUGAGCAGGACCAAUUCCUCCAGCGGUACUGCCAGGUCUGGCACACCUGCGAACGCGCCUACAUCCUCUUCCACGAACAGCUCAGCCCUUUCGGCGAGCAAUUGGAGGUCAGCCGGAAGCGGGACACCUGGGCUAUCUGCACUGUCGAGCAGGGGAGGCUAUCAGCCGCCUCACCGUCAGCAGCAGAUGGCCGCUCAGUUGCGGAGGGAAGACACGCCGGAGGAGUGGGACGCCUGA